AGUUAGGUCAAAACAGUGUUUAUUGGGUAUUUUUUUAUCUGUCUAUUCCCCCCUAAAAUAUUUAGCCUAUAAUUUGACUGAAAUGUACACUUAGUCCAAAGUCCUUGCAAAAUAAUGGAUAUAAUAAUUAUAUUCAAGACAUUAGUUCUGCAUUAUCAAUUAAUAUAUUUACAACAUAAAUGUCAUUUAAUUGAGCUUGGAUUUAUAAAUUAUUAAUAUUUUAAGAGUUUGUCCCCUAACAAAAAUUUUCAUUUACAAGCUGCCCGCUUUCUUGGAAAAAAAAGAGGUCAUCUUAUGGUAUCUGCAAAAAUAUCCGGAUGAUUCACGAGUUAAUCUGGCAUUAUGCUUUUCACUGCUUUUUGCAAAUUUAUUUUUCUCGAUGUUUUGCCUGUAUUAAGUUUCGUUUGAACUUGCUCCCCGGGGUUUUUGCUAUUACUGAACCCGCAUAGCAUUGCCUAAAUAUGCAUGUGAGGACUGGAAAUAAUCUUGAAUUUAGAAUAUUAGCAUGAAAACAAGGGGAUGUGAAUGAAUCACUUAAUUAGAGCAAACCACGUGACUGCAGGUUUGUCCUCCGGUCAUAAGAACAGGUGGUCGCAGUGAGCUGAAGUACAGUUCAAACUAGUACACACACUGCUGGUAUACUCAUUGUUUUAUUAUAUUUGUUCGAUGCCUGGUUGCGUUAUAGGCAAAAGUUUACUGUCAAAAUCUGAUAUAUUACAGUAAGUUAGAGUACAGUUGUUUUAAACUUGCUGUGUGAGAUUUUUUCGUCACUCAAUGAAGGUGGAGGAAGAUCUGCGGAGCGGCGGGACGGUAAGCAGCGGUCGAGGCGGCAAUGACUGCUGUAUUACCAGACUGCUGAGCGUCGUGGAGAGCGAGUUACAGGCCGGCCGAGAGAAGGGAGACCCGACUGAGAAACAGCUCAAAGUCAGCCUAGAAGAUGCUGAACUCUGGAGGAAAUUUAAAGAAGUCACUAAUGAGAUGAUUGUGACCAAGAACGGCAGGAGGAUGUUUCCAGUUCUGAAGGUCAGCGUGACGGGUCUGGAUCCCAAUGCCAUGUAUUCGUUCCUUCUGGACUUCACUCCUGCAGACGGGCACCGCUGGAAGUACGUAAACGGAGAGUGGGUCCCGGCGGGCAAACCUGAGCCUCACAGUCACAGCUGUGUCUACAUCCAUCCCGACUCCCCCAACUUCGGCGCACAUUGGAUGAAGGCUCCGGUGUCCUUCAAUAAAGUCAAACUGACCAAUAAACUCAACGGAGGUGGACAGAUCAUGCUGAAUUCCCUCCAUAAAUAUGAGCCUCAAAUUCACAUUGUUCGUGUUGGGGGAAGCCACAGGAUGGUGACCAACAUCUCCUUCACAGACACUCAGUUCAUCGCUGUAACAGCCUACCAGAAUGAAGAGAUAACUGCCCUGAAGAUAAAACACAACCCGUUUGCCAAAGCGUUCCUUGAUGCGAAGGAAAGGAGUCAUCCUAAGAAUCAUCUAGAACCUCCAGUUGAGAACCAGCACAUGGGCAUCCCGCACUGCGGAUGGUUCAUAUCAAACCCAGACUCUUUGUGUUCUGCUAGUGGUGGAAACUUUCCAUAUCCAGGAGGUUUACCGCUCACUCAUCAUCACCAUGGGUAUAAACACUACCCAAGUCUACAUGGACAUCGGGCAGCCCCGUACCCAUCGCCCUACCUGCCCCGCCAUCAUCACCGUGGCCAUAACACAGUUUCUUUAUCAGACAAUCUGAGUCCAGGCGUGCAGAUGUUCUCCGGUCAUGAGAGCUGGACAGGUGUGUCUCCACCAGGUCCUGCUGCCAUGCUGUCCAUGCAACCUGCUCCAAACUCACCUGGAGCCAGCAGUCAAUAUCCCUGCCUGUGGACUGUGAGCAGCUGCACCGUCUCCUCCAGUCCUCCAGGAGGCGUUGUGAGCCUUACACACGGCCAGGAUGAGCCUGCGGACGGUGCAUCCACUUCUGCUUCACCGUGCUCUUUACUGCAGGCCCACGGACCAACCGGCUCAGAUGGUUCCGUAGAUCCAGCCAAUCACAGUAGGGUAGGCGGGAUGAGCUGGGCUUCUGUCACCACCCACUCGUUCUAAGCAAAAUCAUUUAAUCUGAAAUAAUUAAAAGCGUACAUGAAAUAUGAUCAGCGGGUUAUGAAAUCCAUGAGUAUGAAUCCAUGCUUUAGGUCAUGGGUCUCAAACUGGAUUCCUGGAGGGCCGCAGCUCUGCAGUUCUGCUCCAACCCUAAUCAAACACAGCUGUUCCAGCUAAUCAAGCUGUUCAAGACUACUAGAGACUAUUGACCUUAUUCUUCAAUGCGUAAGUGCACUCGAUUUUGCGAUUGUUUUAGAACUUUCGAUUCAGUUUCCUAUGGGGGAAAUGACUAGGUUCAAGCUAUUUGCUUUACAAACAAGCAGUUGCAUAAUUAUACAGACAAAGUAGAAUAAUAUAAGAAGCAAAUGUCAGUUUGCAACAUGAAGCCGAAUAACAAGCUGUUUUUAACAUCUAAAAAUCAAUGGAAGUAAAUGAGAGCGGAAGUCUCGAGCCAAAAAGACUCAAAUGGCUGCGCCCCCUCUUACGCAAAGAAUAAGGUGAAUUAAGCAGGCGUGAGAUGGAGUUGGCUGAAGCUUAACUAUGCAGAGCUGCGAUCCUCCAGGAAUUGAGUUUGAGACCACUGCUUUAGAUGUAUACACUAAUGCAUCACAAAUGAUCAGAUAUAAAGCCUGCACAAAAAAGGGUCGACCGGGGUCCAGUUUGAUUCCACUUUCUAAAAUUUUGGCAAUAAUGCUAAAGCUGGAAUUUCUUACAGAAUAAUCCAUCCACUGUAAAUAAAGGUAAUUGUGCAUUUUUAUCCCUGAAGUUCUGGCUUUUUUUCUAAGAAUUGCUCAACAUUUUGAGGGGAAAAAGUCAGAAUUAUAAGAUAAAAUUUGCUAUUAUCUUCCUUUUUUGAUCAAGCUUCCAUAACAUUCACACGACACCAACAGACACGUAUUGACAUUUUUGCAGGGUCACUGUGUUUGUUAACCCUGUGAGCGCCGUUGCUUUUGCCAGUUAAACAUGUUGAAGUACUGUAUUCUGGUAAUGGAUCACAUGGGUUAACAUGUCAGUGAAAUGCAAGUUGUCCUUCAAGCAUGCCUCUAACUUGUAUGUCAAACCCAGCCUGGAUUGGGCCUCACAAAUAUGGGAGUGUAAUAUGUGUCACAUCUAAAUGGGAGUGUUGGCAGCUAUGCUUUAAAGCAGAGAUGCCCAAAGUAGGGCCCACGGGCCAAAG